AAAAUAUGACAAUGCGGAAGUUAGUGUUCACAACAAGGCAGGACAGGACAAGACAGUAAGCGCUGGCCGCUGCUAUGCCGAACAAUGAAGAACGCUACUGUCACAGAUGCUCCUAUAUUGUUCUCAAAUUUAUCCUCUUUUUCUACGCCAUCAUUUGGUGGCUGAUCGGCGCCCUCAUCCUAGCCAUUGGUAUAUAUGCCGAGGUGGAAAGGCAGCGCUACAAAACACUGGAUGGGAUGUUUCUGGCCCCUGCUCUCAUUCUCAUCCUCCUGGGAAUUGUCAUGUUUGUUGUUUCAUUCAUUGGCAUCUUGGCAUCACUCAGGGAUAAUCUACUUCUGCUUAAAGUGUUCAUGUACACACUGGUGGUGUGUCUCAUCCUGGAGUUGCUGGGAGGAAUCUUGGCGCUAGUGUUUCGUAACCAGACGGAGGAUCUACUGAACAAGAACAUACGAAGAGGCAUAGUUAACUACUAUGAUGACUUGGACUUCAAAAACAUCAUGGAUUUUGUUCAGAAAGAGUUUAAGUGUUGUGGUGGCCAAGGGUAUAAAGACUGGUCAGUCAACAUGUACCACAACUGUUCUGGACGAAGUCCACUGGCCUGUGGAGUGCCUUAUACCUGCUGCGUCACUAAGCAAAAUGAAGUCGUGAACACAUUGUGUGGCUACAAAGUGUUGGAACAAGAGCGCCUGGACCUGAUCGAUAACGUCCACAUCAGAGGCUGCACCGACGCCUUCUUCAUUUGGCUAACGGACAACUAUAAGAUUAUGGCAGGACUGUUGCUCGGGAUCCUGCUGCCUCAGUUCUUAGGAGUAGCCAUCAGCUGGUUGUACAUCACCCGAGUGGAAGACUCCCGAAGCGAAUACGGGCACUACACGGACGGACUUAUGGAAUCAAACCCGCAGUACAGACAUCCUAAAAAGCAGGGCCGAAUGGCCAAGUGGUUUAUGUGUAUGCCUGAGAUCGACUGAUGAGCAGCAAGAUGGCAGCGGAUGCUCGCCUCAAUCCCCAUUUCAUCUCGCACUCAAAUCAAGUCUACAGAACUGAUUUCUUCCGAACAGCAAGCACUGAACAAAUCAAAUACUUCUUGAAGUAAAAUCACUUCUCACCAACACCAAGCGGCACAUACGUAGAUGCAAAUCAACAGAUGUGGGUCGCCGCAACCCAUAAGUCGCUCAUCUCAUCAGUAGAGUCGAGAGGUCAAAACACUCUGGGGAUCUCAGGAUCGUAAUGAAACUUUUUGGUAUGUUAUUAUUUAUUGCGUCAACUUGCCAAAUGCGAACUCUUGUUUUUUGUUUUUGUUUUUUAGCCCCUUGCUCAUUAUUGUGUGUUCAUGUCACUGAGUGGCUGAAUGUGCUACUCAAGACUGAAUAAUCUGCUUUUGACAAACUACUGCAAUUAAUGUGAAUGGACAUAUUUGCUCAAUUUCAAGUUGUUCGUCCAUUUUCUUCCAUUUGAACUCUGUUCCUCUUAAGUCAUCCCAUUAACACAUGUCACAACACUUCAUCAGUUCACUUCUAGAUCAUACUCCAGCUUUAAAAAGAUUCUUUUUGCUUUCUAUUUUUAAACUUUUUAAUUUUAAAUUUGAGUUCGUGGUGGUUGUUCCUUCUUUUGCUAAUACACUCGCUACUGGAUUUUAAUGGUGUGUAUAUUAUGAAAUUGAAUAAUAAUGAUCUACGCAAGUUGAUCAUUGUUUUUGGUUGGGUGCAGAAAUGAAAUGAAGUAAGCUUUUUUGUGGUUUUGACUUGAAUGCUUUGUGUCAAUCAAUUUGGGAGCAAAGGACCUCUAUAUGAUUCCUGCAAUCUUAAGCUGUUUGGAUCAAAAUUUAUGCAGAAUAAAACAUCGGUUUGAAUGUUUCAAACUAAA